UUUUCUUGCUACUUGUUGUCGUAGACCUUAUGCACCGCCGUGGUACAGCUUUACAUGACGCAAUCGCCCGCACAUGCUUCCUGGAUGAAGAAAUGGACCGGGGCGUUGUGUUUCAUCAAGGACAACAUCCGGAAGUCGUACUUCUUUCGGCUGUACUGCCUCAAGGGCAACCGACAGGUGUGGGAGCAGGAGAUCUACCAGGGAAUCGAGGUCACCAAACCGAGGCCGUUUCUGAUGGUGUUUGAAGGAAAGGAAGGAAUUGUGGCGUUCAACUUUGCCACGGAUGAUGAGGCGACCGCAUUCAUGAACACGACCACCUCGACGAUAUCCAACCGAAACCGACGAAGAGAUGAACGCAUCAAACGGAGCAGCACACGCAAGGAACCACCUCCAGCACGGCCACCACCGGUAUCCAGCCAAAAGGAGGACACCACUGUCACUCUACGCCACAAGCCAACGUUUUCUGCUCCGACGAUUCCCAAUGCCGCCGUUCAGCCUCAACCAUAUCAGCCGCCGCAGUUCCACAACCAUCAGCGAUCGGCGGCGAAAAACAAGGGUAAGCCCCGCCUACGCAAGGAGGACAUUGGCAUGCCGUCGAACUUCAAGCACGUAACGCACGUCGGCUGGAGUCCGACCAGUGGCUUCGACCUGAGCGGCGAGGAGGAAACGCUCAAACCGUUCCUCGAGAAGGCGGGCGUGCGAGACCAGCAUUUGAAGGAUCGCGAAACGCGCGAAUUCAUCUACGACUUCAUUCAGAACUACAAGGUGGUGGACGCGAUGAAGUCGGAGCAGAGCGUCACUCGGAAGCAGAAGCAAGCAGCGCCACCACCCGUGCCCGUUCGCAGCCAACAGGAGUCACAGCCCCUGGUAAAUGGAAACACACAGCAACGGAACCCACCGCCGCCGCCUCCCAAUCGGACCUUACCACCGCUACCGGCAACAACCCCACCGAAGGUGAACCAAGCACCCUCACGACCACCUCCCAUGCAGCCAGCUGCCCCGGCAGCGCCCUCUCCGGGACCACCCCCACCACCUCCACCGCCACCUGCCUCUUCCGGUGCCGUUCCACCACCGCCACCUCCGAUGAUGACACCCGGAACGGUGAAAGCGCAAGCCCCUGCCGCUCCCUUGCCGGUCGUGGACGACGGUCGGUCAGCACUGCUGGAUAGCAUCCGCAAGGGAACUACACUUAAGAAAGUGGACCAAAGCGCGCUGAGCACCGGCAGCGGUGGCGACCCCCGCUCGGACCUGAUGUCGCAGAUCCGCGACGGAACGGUGCUACGGCCUGUGGGCGAUCGCGAACCCAACGCGGACCGAAGCAGUGGCAGCGCCGGAAGCGGCGAAGUAGGAACCGACGCGCUGGCCGAUGCCCUACGGCGGGCGCUCGCCGAACGGGGUCGCGUCAUCCGGUCCAGCGACGAGGACGAUAGCGAUUCCAAUUCGGCCAACGACGAUUGGGACGACUAAGGAUCGCUCCGGGGUAAGUUUUGCGGGGAAAGGGAAAGAGAUACGAGUCAACUAUUCUUAUCGAGAACGCGGUGCCAAAUGAUGAUGCGGAUAGAAGAAGAGGAAGUAGUUAGGAGAACAGGUUACCGAGAGAUAACGUGUGGGGGAGACGACCGAGGAUAUAGUGAUAACCUAAGAAGAAAUCGAAUACGCGAGCGUGUAUUGCUAUUAGCUCGCGAUAGAUGCACACAAUUUAAAUCAAUCAAUUUAGUCUUACGAGCACAAGCCUUCUUUUAAAUUGUAAUUAUUUGUUUUAUUUUUCUCUACCGUAUAUGUAACAAACUGCCUUUUUGAAUGUGUAUUUAUAGGGAAAAAAGUAGAUAAUUCUAUUUUCUAGCUUUAUUCAAAUUUCUAACUAUAGUGACUAAAGUGGGGAAUGCAAUGUUACACUUUCAAAUUUUACACUUUCGUUUAAACAGCGUCAUGGGGAUCAUCUGACGGAAUUAUUUUUUUAAUAUCAUGAAGACAUUUUCACUGAAUAUAUGGGGAACUCCACGAAUUUUUACUGAUGAUGCCUCUUUAAAUUUUACGCCUACUUAUAUUGCUCCAAUUGUUUCAAGGGUUCUACUGUGAAUGUCCUUUCACAUCAAGAGCCAAACAAAUAAACUGACUGGACCUACUACAGAAAAUAUUAACACUGUAAAACCAUAAAUAAGACCACAGGUAAACAAACGUAACACUUAGAACAAUUUUCGUGAAAAACCAUCGCCCAACUCACACUACCUGAUGGAAAUCUUUCAGUAAACGCUGCACGGAAAAUCCAAACUACCUAAUAUUUGGGUCGACUUUACUCAAAAUUGAGUAUAUCGAAUAAACUCGUUACCUAAAAUUAGGUUGUUUUCCCUCUCUGGCUCACCGAUGUUGUCAAAAACAAUCAAAGAUGCAUCUACCCAAAGGGCCAAUAAGCCAAUUUUGGGUGAAUGUCAUUCUACUCAAAAUUGAGUUGAAUGAGGGGGGUCUUAGGUUGAAUUUACCUACUAUUGAGUAUAUUUUUAGCUGGGGGUAAAGGCAAUCUACCUAGCGUGAGUUUAAUCGAUUUACUCAAAUUUUGGCUUAUUGGGCCGAACUAUGGAAUUGCGUCAAAAGAACUCAAUUUUGGGUAGUUUGGCGGUUCCGUGUGCGUUGUGCAAUAUCGUCAACAGAAGGCGCUAGUGUGAAACGUCAAACGCUGAGAAAAACGAUGCACGCGCCUCUGUUUGUGAAAGCCACAACUAUGAAGAUUUGAAAAGAUCGGUAAAAGCGUGGCCGAUGAAAUUUUCGCCAAUGUUACGUCUGUUUGUCUGUAUAAUACGUUCAAAUUCUUCAAGUAAUUGAACUUUCUUUAAUAUUGAAUUCAGCUUCGUUGGGGUUUUUAGAUGCUUUUCAUCAAACUUCUCGCACGGUCUGCGGUGAUAUGGAUGGACAUUUUUUAAACGAUCCUUCGGGACUCGUACUUGACACGAAUUUCUCAUGUUUAUAGACAGAAUUCUUUGUUAUUCCACUCAGUCUUUCUCUCUUCGCCUUAGUGCGAAAAGUAACAAAGAGCAAGCAAUCAUCAUUUUAGUAGCUUUUGCUUUCCAUCAAAUUGCAACUUCAAAUAGGGUAUUUUCUUUCCGUGAUUGCCUAACUGCCCACUUAUGCUCUGUUUAGUGCAACGAAAGUGUAACUGAAUGCUUGCAAUUGCGCUGUUUUUGCUCAUACAUUCAAAACAAAAUGUAGUAAUCCCUCUAAUAGCGACAAGUUUAUCGUACGUGAUCCAUUCAAAACAAUAAGUAGAAUAAUAACUGAAGGCAGAAGGAUAGAUACAAUCAUACCGAGCGCGGGCGGGCAUAGUAGUAAAGAAGCACUAGUGUAAACCAGAUCAGAUUCACAUAGACCACCACUGAGUUUUAGGUGUGUUAAUCUGCCUACUUCCUACGACUAGACUUGCCCUGUACCAAAAAAGGUGAAACAAAAUUUUAGAUGGUGUAAAUAGUCUAAAUCAAUUGCCCUAGUCUAAUAAGUUGAUCAGUGGUGUAACAUUGUUUAUGUUUCUUAUUUCUGUAGAAUGAAUGUAGAUUUUCUUCCUUUUCUAAACUAGAACACUGUUCUGUAUUUCUAUUACUAGCUAACUACAAUCCUGUUUAGAUUUGUACUUUUCAAUUUAUACAUGUGUAUUCUUAUUCUUCUUCUGUAUGUAAUAUAUCAAAAAGGCGCAAAUAUAAUUACUAUGUUAACAAA